AUGCCUCCCAAGCGCGUCGUCGUCUCGAACCCCUCGGCUCGUCCCCAGAAGAGCUUUCUGGGCACCGUUUACGAUGAAGCCACCUCCCCCGAGAACACCACCAUUGUCCGCAGCAUCCUGGUCUUCGUAUGUAAAAUUAUUUCGCCUCUGAGUUCUCCGUCGGGACAUUUCGAACGUUUCCCGUCAACUCUGUGGAAGCAUAUCGGCGUCGGACCAGGAAAACACGAUGCAUAG